GAUGGUCGAAAGGUCAUGUUGGAAUUGAAGACCAUGGACCUGGACGAACGCUGGGCGACGCUCAAGGCCGCGCUGCCGCCCGAGCGCCAUGGCGCCUUCGACACAUUGAUCGCCGACCUCGAGUCGGAGAUGCGCGAGGUUCAGGUUCAGGCCGAGGCGCUUCGCGCGACCGAGGCGCGCAUGGCGCGGCAGGCGGUGGCCGGCGCCGACGUCGUCUCGCUCAACAUUGGUGGCACCAAGUUUGCCACGUCGCGCGCCAACCUCGCGCGCCUCGAAGGCAGCUUCUUCCACGCGAUGCUCGCGUCCAAGGUCUGGCAGCCCAACGCCGACGGCGAGUACUUUAUUGACGUGGACCCUAAACACUUUGGCCGGCUCAUGCGCUACAUCCGCACCGGCGACUGUAGCCUCACGGGCCUUGACGCGAUCGGAAAGCGCGAAUUUCGGUGGCUCCUACACUACUUUUCCUUGGACGAGCCAUCGGCAAGUGCGUGGGAUCCGCAACGCAUGAGCAAGCACCUCGAUCUGACCAAGGACGCGACCCUCGUGACCAAGCGCGUGCUGCGCGCCGGCGACAGCUACGUCAUGGCAGCGACGACAGCUACUCGGUUUGUCGUCAAGGUCUCGCCGCUGCACCCGGUCGAUAUUGGGUUCUCAACGUCGGCAAUGAUGACGACAACCGAUGUCCGCGCCGGCUAUUUCUUUCGCUGUCCGUCUGGGCUGCUGCAUAGCUUUGACCCAACACGCCGCGUAUCGACCAAGAAGAGCACGUCGCCAGCGGCCAUUCUUGAAGGCGACUUGGUGGUGACGGCGAUUUGGGACGUCUUUGGCCAUCACGUUCGGUUUGAAGUCAACGGCAAGGCCAUUGCGCACGUGCUGGGCCAGAUCCCAGACACAUACGAGCUUAUCCCGACUGUCUGGCUCAGUGAGCAAGCCAUGCAAGUCGAACUCGUGCCUUAAUUGUUGGCUACCCAAAAGCAUGCGCAUAGCAAUCCCUAGCCAAAAUACAUUCAACAACCUGAGAUCGCC